UCAAUUGAUUUGCAUAUCCAAAAGACUACGGAUUUAUUAAAUAUUCAAAAAGAAAUGCAAAUAAAACUGACACCAAAGAUGGAAGAAAAUAAAUUAGAAGAUGAAAAAGUAAAACAAAAACAGUUGUUAAAGGAAAAAGAUAUUAAAAAGCAAAUAAAAGUAAAUAAAGUGGUAGGAGGUAUUUCACUGAAAAAAUCCUACGACAGGGAAUUUAAGUAUCCCCUGAAUAUCAAUCUGAAACAAUUAGUCCAAAAAUUAGAGUCCGCUAACAAAUCUUCCGUUCAACCAAUCAACGAACACAAUUAUCAUUUUCUAUAUACUCCUACCAAUUCAUGUCUAUUCGAACCAGAUAAUUCGACACAUUCUAAAAUUGUGAUACUAGUCAAAUCAUCGGUGAAUAACUUUGAAAGGAGGGAGGUGAUAAGAAGAACAUGGGGAAAAUAUCUGGAGAAAAAUAUGCUUCUAGUCUUUCUUUUAGGACUUCCCUCAAAUGGAAAUUUAGCAAUUAGAAAGGAGAGUACAUUAUAUGGGGAUAUAAUUCAAGAGAAUUUUAUAGAUAGUUACUGGAAUAAUACGGUAAAAAUGAUAAUGGCUUAUAGAUGGGCCGUGUCGUUCUGUGAUACAUCCGAUUAUCUUUUCUUUGUUGACGAUGAUUAUUUUGUAAACAUUGACAAUCUUCAAGCAUACAUUACUAAAGUAAAGAAUAACAAAUUGUUGUUUAGUGGAACGUUUCUCGGGCGAUCUGUGCCAUACCGGGCAAACGGAUCAAAAUGGUUUAUAGCGUGGGAAGACUAUCCCUUUGACAGAUGGCCGCCAUAUUUAGCAGGUGGCGCUUAUUUUGUAUCAAUGCCAUUAGCCCGAAAAUUCAAUUUAGCAUUUCCGUUUGUCAAACCAAUGCAUAUAGACGACGUUUACUUAGGUAUUGUUGCGAAGAAGCUUGAAAUAAGACCAUCACAAAAUAAAGACAUCGGAUAUAGAAGAGUUACAGUACAAUCACUUAGAAGGUACAUUGCUUGUCAUGGGUAUGACAAAAAGGAGGAUGUUGAACAGGCAUUGACUUUUAUACGACAAAAAAAAGUGCCGUUGAAACCACCAAAGAUGGUAGGACAGAUCAAAAUGCAUCAAAGAAUUGUUAAAGUAUAGCCAUUUUCAUUUACGAUCGUGUGCUACGGAACUUCACUGCCAGUACCGAAGUUGUUAAGGUGCCAAAUCAUUUUACUUUGUUAUGCUUAAUGUAUAGAAUCAGUUGUUAACUUUUCAUUAAGGUACGCAAAAGAAUCAAAAGAUUAUGAUUUAUAUGGCAUCCAUAUAUCUUUUCUUAAUUUUCUUUUCAGAAAUUGCAUACAUUUAGUAGAUACAUAUUAAAGUAUUGCAAGGACAGUUCUUAUUUUAAGGAUAUGUACAUAUAAGGCACUGUAAAUUCACCCUUUUAUAAUUUAACUUCUUCUGGGUAACCCUUUUAAUAGCGCACAACGUCUACAGCGGUCCUAAACAACGUCUACAGCGGUCCUAAACAACGUCUACAGUGGUCCUAAACAACGUCUACAGCGGUUGUAAACAAUCAUUAUAUAUAGCCUUUUAUUUGAUGAACAAACAAUUAAAAAGCCCUAACUAAACCUUUAAGAUUCGGAAUCAGAACCAAAUUGGUUAUCACUGGAAUUGCACUGACUUAAAUUUGUGACUAGAAAAUGAAACUCAAAAUACGAAAAUUUACGUAAGGGAUAAACAACGAUAAAAAUCAUUGUUACCAUUUUGUCAUUAAAGAACAAAACAUGACUAUAUUUACUCGAGGUCUUCAUUUCAAUCAGUCGAAAAUAAUUUCCCACACUCAGUUUUGAUUUAAAUACUGUAACCCAACUUUUUUUCGCGGAUACUUUAUUUCGCGUUUAGCCCUUUCUAGCCCACCUUGCGGCAAUUUAAUUUCGCGAUUUUCAAAUUUAAUUGAUGUAGUUAAAUAAGGAAAGAUCUAAGUUUUACAUAUUUGCGACGAUUUAUAUUGAAUUUCGCGUUAUUUUUCUACUCGCGAAAGUCGCGAAAAUAAAUCGCUUUAAUUAGUUGGUUUACAGUAAAUGUGAUGUAGAUAUACAUGUAAUGUGUAUGUAAACAUAUCAGGGCACAUUACCCUACAUGGUCAGUAUAUUUUCAAUUAUUUGUAUAAACUGGGAAAUUUUACACACGUGAAUUUCGUGUGAAUUUUAGAUUCAUGUAAAUCCCAAAGAGAAUUUCAUCUCAAACGAGCUUUUACGUGAAACUCAAGUGAACUGAUUUCACUUGAGUUUCAUGUGAAUCUCAUGUGAUACUCCUGUGAACUUCACGUGAAAAGCACAAAUAAAUGACAUCUAAAUUUUCAAAUCUGAUUAAAAACAUAAAAAAAUACCACUUAUUUUUUUUAAGUUCAUUUGAAAUAUCACGUUAAAAAUUUCACGUGUAUAUUCACGUGCAUGAGAAAAUUUUCACGUGAGUUUCACGUAUAAGCUCGUUUGAGGUGAAUUUCACGUGAGAUUCAUGUGAAAUUCACGUGAGUAAAAUUUUCAUGUGUGCAGCAUGUAAAAAAUAUGUCAAAUAUAAAGGGUUUUAAAAAUUUCUUCAGAAAUAAAACAUAGAUCUAUGUUAUGUGUGGUAAAAGCCACCAUUUUAGGGUUGUGGGGCUAAGACUAUCAUGUGUUAUUAUGAAGUGUUAAUUUUUAAUAUGUUUUGCAAUAUUUACAAGUGCUUUAUCAUGUUAAAAAGUAAAUAUUUUGUGGUAUUCAUUAUAUAAAGACUGAGUUUUUGAAAAUGUUUAUUUUCAGUUAAAUUGAAUGUUAUGAUUAUUUCUAUAAAUUUAUGUUAUUUAAUAUUGAUGCAACGGAAUAUGAACCGUGGUUCAUUACAUACAUGUACAUGUAAAAAAAGUGAUUAGCAUGACAUAUGAUUUGAAUUUACAUUUCAAAGAUUUUGUUUGUUCCUUGUAAAAUAUCAUGCAAUAUACUGGCUCAAAUAUCAGCUGUUUUCUGUUGUAUUUUUCUUAUUAACCUGAAUGUUCAAACAGAUGAAAAAAGUUAGGACAUCCAUGCAUAAGGAUUGUCUUGGGAUAAUCAUGAAUCGAUUCAUUUGAAAGAAAAUUAUAACGUAGAUCAAACAUUUAUUUUGCUGCGCAUAUCCCUUUCAUCUAAUUUUGUUGUUUUCAAUGACUGUUUUUGAUCCAUAUCAUUACUGAUUUACACACUUUUUGUUUUGUACAUGACAUUGGGUAAAUUAUAUGGAAGCAAGUUAGUGUCACUGUCAGGACUGAGGUUGUAGUUUUUAAGUGACCAAGCUAACUAGUUAUCAUGACACAGCAACUCUUUUUUGCGACUUAGUUUACUUGCUAUCACGACUAAGCUAACUCGCUAUCACGACUAAUCAACUCGUUAUAAAGACGUAAGUUAAUCUUGAAUAAACAAAGUCUUUAUAACAAGUUUCAAAGUCGUUAUAAUAAUUUACUGAGUAGUGAUAACACCCACACUGUUAUACUAACUGGCUUCCAAACAAUUGUGAUUAAACUAGUCAAGAUAUUUUACAUACGUUGUUAGCAACAAUGUUAUCAACUGCUAAAACAUUUAGAACGUCAAUCUUAAUUAGAAAUAAAAAUUUCAAAAUUCGUGAAAACAAAUUUUAUCAUUAGUAUGGAAUUUAGCACUUUGUUUUAUUUUUCAGAUUGUUAUGUAAAAUUAUGAACAACUUUGCAAAAUGAUUUGGUUUGUUUGAUAAAAUUAAUCAUUUCUUUUAUUUAGAAUUUUUGAAGAAACUAUGAAUUUAAGUUUAUUUUA